AUGACAUGGCCGUACAAAACAUCAAGACACCAAAGCAGGACUCGCCGUAGUGUGGUGCGAUAUGCAAAGAUCCAAGCCAUUCUCACAUGGACAGCUGCUCAACUUUGCAGCGAUUGGACAUGGAUGGCUGUUGCGUUUCGCCAACAUGAUGCACGUCUUCGUGCUGUAGCAUUUUUAUUGUGGGCGCACAUGGUGUCUGGUUUUCGACAAGCACGUGCAGAGGAACAUUUGCGAAUACGCAUGCAAAAGUUUCAGAGUCGCAAGACUCGUCUUGUGCUCAGAGCUGGCAGAGUAGCAGAGGCACAAAUUCAGUGCAAGCGACGUGAGUUGCAGUCUCAAGCUUUCUUGCGCUGGCGGUACUGCUUCCAGGAGAGCAGCAAAGCUCCGAGCGAUGGUGCUGAGAUGGCCGCAUUGUCGCAAACCCAUCGAGCCUACCGGCAGAAGGUAUACAGGCUGGUCAAAAGGGGCUGUCGCACGGAGCUGGCAAAUUGGCUGCAAGCUUGGCGACUAUCUGUUCGCUUUUCAAAGAUGAUGGAUGAAUGCUCUUUGCAGCAGCAGGAGAUGCUUCUGCAAGUCGAGCGCAGCAAUAUGUGGAUUCUCCAACUUCAAGAAGAACGCCGGGAGGUUGAGGUUUCGAGAGGGAGGUUGCGUUUUCACAACGAGUGGUGCAGAAGAGACCACCUUGGAGCGGAUGCAAGUUGUCAAAGUGAGUGUGGAAGGCCACAUCGGCAAAUGCGGCGCGACACUAGCCUCCAUCACCACCGAUAUCACCAUGCCCAUCAUGCCGCCGUUAAUUCUGUUGGCGAGGCAGCGCUAUCCCAGGUAGACAAUAUGCAAGACCCACGGCCUGCUGACAAAUUUGGGGGCCCACAGGACAACGAUCGCCUCGACGAGGUCGGGCUGGGCAACGGCACCCAGCCCAAAGUGGAAGGCAAGCGAGCAUGGAGCCAGUGGGCAUGUGCACUGAUGUGUGCAAGCAGAGCCACAGAUGGCUGCUGUUCCUACAAAGACGACUCGGGCAGCUGUGAAUUCCUUCCUGGGAGCCCGACGAGAACUGCUGAAACAGGCUGGACGCAGGCACAAUGCAUCCCAGGCUUCGGCACUGCAAAGUGCACGCCCUGGAGCGCGGGCCGCUGCGCUGGUGCCGAGCCGGAGCCGGCUUCGCCUGGACUGCCCGUUUGGGAGCUCAUCUGGGAGGACCAUUUCGACUCUGAGACCUGCGUCCCAGAUACCGCGGGAGUCCUGCGGCCUAGCCCAGAGUUCUGGAGUGCCGAAAUCGGAUACAAGCGGGGCAAGGAGUUGCAAUGGUAUCAGCCAAAGAAUGCAGAGUGCAAAGAUGGUGCUUUGAUCAUCACGGCUAAGCGAGAGCGGCAGGCAUGGGAGAAGCCACAGGGCCCCCAGUGCCAAGUCGUGAACUGGGACUCCAGCGAGCAGCCUUUGGACAACAUAUCAUGUGCUGUUUGUGCUCCUCCAUAUUUUCAGUACUACAACCCUUGCGACUUGGUGCGGAAUGACGACUCCGGGGGUCCGGCAUGCGACUGUUCGGAAUCAGCAGAGUUCACUUCUGCAUCUCUCAUGACUCGCGGCAAGAAGGAGUUUUCCUACGGCCUUUUCGAGCUACGUGCCAAAAUCGACACCAGACCAGGAGCCUGGUCCAGCUGGUGGGCAGUCGGUGAUUUCGAUUACGUACCCUGGCCCAAGAACGGGGAAAUCGACAUCAUGGACGCCUUCCAGAGGAUGGUCAAAGCGAGUGUGAUCCAUGCUGGUGAAUCCGGGCUUCCCAGCAGUGCCAUCCAGCAUGCAGAUGCUCGAAUGAUCGAUCGCGAGUGGGAGAAGUAUUACCACACCUGGCAGCUGGAAUGGGACGAAGACUUUAUAGAGAUUCGUAUAGAUGGCGAGGUCAUUCUGAAGCUUGACCUCUCCGUGGCGGAUUCGAAGCGAACUUCUUGGCCCAAUCCGUUCACGGAGGGCAAGAAGUUCUUCAUGAUCCUGAACUUGGCAGUUGGUGGUCACUCAGGAGGAGAUGCUUCCUUGACCCAGUUCCCUUCACAGCUCCACGUUGACUACAUCCGUGUGUACCAGAAGAAAGGCACGACGGUGAGUUAG